CCUGUAAUCAAGCCGAGCGAUCGCUCAUGCCGAGCACUGGAAGGGACAGCCGAGUACCUGAUUCAAGCUUGGAAGACGGCGAAAAGCAGGGCGGUUCUUGCGGGUUUCGACCGUACCGCGUCGGUACCUCUCGUAGCUUUCCAAUUCUUUCAUCGCGCAUGCCAGUUGCCCCACCAUCGAGAUGGGGUCAGAGACUCGGAGCAGUUGAGUCUGGCGCCUUUUCGCUGAGGUCUUCUCUUGGACGUUUGGCGGCAUCAUAGCAUCGUCCUUUUUUCUUCUCCAUUCAUUUGCAAAUCUUCCUCCAGCACAAUAUCCAGUCCCAUCGCUACUACCAUCACAGCUCACUCGCCGCCCGUGCCAUCAUAGCAAUACAUCGAUGCGAUACUAGCAUGGAAGGCUCAGAGUUUCGCCAACAGGAGGCGUCGAGAGGUGCCUCCAGCCAGCCCACUGCUCAUUCUGACAUGAAUCCAAAAGCCCCUGCGGCCGCCGUUCCGGCUGUUCGAUUUGCAUCAAAGGUUGAGGAGUUUGAUGCCGAAGACGGCCGUCGAUCAAGGAUCGAGCCUACCAAAGAUGCCCCUUCAAACGUCACACCUGAACAACUGAGAGCUUUGUCCCAAUCCUUGGCCGACACAAAUCUGCAGGAGCAACGAAUGCAGAGCUUCUCUUUCCAGCCCUUCUCGCUUCCGGCUUCAAGAGUUCCGUCUCAUGACAGCUCCGUCCAUGCUACUCCCCAGCAAAGCCACACUCCGACCGGGCGACAGUCCCCUAGGAUGCAUGCUACAUCUGAUGUAGUGUCACCUCCUCUGACCCCUUCCGGCACAACCGGAGCCGAUGGCGCGUCCGGCAGUCGUCUGAAGCCUGUAAACGCUCAGUCAGAUGGCGGGGUGGAUGUCUCUGCCAUUACGCCUCAAGCCUCUGGCCAAGGAUCAGACCAUGCCUCGCCUAGAAUUGCUCUGCCUCACCGGCCCUCCUCAUACGACCAUAUCUCACAAAGAUCCAGCAACCAAGAAGAGCGUGACGCCGGCUCGUCGCAUAGGAGGGGCAUGUUCAGCAUUGGGCCAGGUGGACACUCGGUUCCUGUGUCCAGAGAAUCCAGCCCAACUAGGAAGACCGCUUCUCAGUACUACUCUCGCCCAUUCACACCCGCAGGAGAUGCCAACGACCCCUAUGCUGCCAGCAAGCGGGCACCGCCAACUCGGAGCGCUGCCAAUAUUGAUUCUCGGUUCGUGUUUUCGAGGAAAAAGGGACGUUCUUCACCCAGUUCAUCCACCACCAGUUUGGUCAGACCCGACAAGCCGGAAAAACGUCACUCGGGCUUCCUUGGAGUGCUGAAUAAAAGCACACAUGAUCUUCACCAUACCGGCACGGAGUCUACUACACACAGUCGCAAUGCAUCAAUGUCUGAUCUCAAGAGGUUUUUCAAGGUUGGAAGUAGCCACAAGGCAAAAAAGUCCGAGUUCCCGGUUGUCAACGAACCGAAAUCAGCGGUUCAAUCGAGUGCCAGAUCAGCACAUCAAGUCCCUUUUGCAGAGGACCAUGGCUUGACUUCCAAGUAUGGAAAAAUUGGAAGGGUUCUGGGUUCUGGCGCUGGGGGUUCAGUAAAACUUAUGAAGAGGCACGAGGACAACACUGUUUUUGCUGUCAAGGAGUUCCGCCCAAGACAUACUUAUGAGUCUGAAAAGGAGUACGUCAAGAAAUUGACCGCCGAAUUUUGUGUUGGGUCGGCCUUGCAUCACGGUAAUAUUAUCGAGACCUUGGAUAUUGUUUCGGAGAAAGGGAAAUGGUACGAAGUGAUGGAGUAUGCUCCUUUUGACCUCUUCGCCAUUGUUAUGACUGGGAAGAUGUCGAAACCCGAAGUCGCGUGCUGCUUCCUUCAGAUUCUCAAUGGCGUCACAUAUCUCCACAGCAUGGGGUUAGCGCAUCGCGACUUAAAGUUGGACAAUGUUGUCGUCAGCGAGCACGGCAUUAUGAAGAUCAUUGAUUUUGGUAGCGCUCAUGUGUUCAAGUAUCCGUUUGAGGGAGGAAUCGUCCCAGCAACUGGCAUUGUUGGCUCAGAUCCGUAUCUGGCUCCAGAAGUUUACGACGAACGCAAGUACGACCCCCAGGCUGUCGACAUCUGGUCAUUAGCGAUAAUAUUCUGCUGCAUGUCGCUACGAAGGUUUCCGUGGAAGGUGCCUCGUCUGACGGACAACUCGUACAAGCUCUUCGCAGCUGAACCGACACCUGGCCAUGAUCCCAAGAAACUGAUCGCUCCGGCACGAUCGGCAACUGACUUGACAAACAUACCACAACGGGAUAUGUUCUCUGAAACUGACGCAAAACCGCAGAACGCCGGAGGUGCCGAAGCUCCACAGGCUCCUGGGAAGGAGUCACCGGCGGUCACUGGAAAGGAAGCACCAUCAGCUCCGGGCAAGGACGGAGCAGCAGUGAAAGAAGUGAUUAGAGGUCCUUGGCGUCUGCUGCGAUUGCUACCCAGAGAGAGCAGGCAUAUCAUCGGGCGGAUGCUUACAAUCGAUCCCCGCAAGCGCGCCACCAUGCAGGAGAUACUCGACGAGCCUUGGGUUUCUGAUACCGUCAUCUGUAGGCAAGAUGCGCCGGGUAAGGUCGACCCAGCUCCUGAUCACACCCACAUCCUAGAGCCUCCGGCCCAGGCGAAGUAGCGCUUGCCGUUUCUGGAUAGUUAGAUAUGGCCUGAAGAAGGAACAAGUCGGGUUAUUUCGGGAUAUGGAGUUGUGUGGAAGGUGCAUUUGGAAGCGUUCACAGCGAUAGAAGUCAUUUUCAAACAUAGAACUAGGUUUACUAUCAGAUGGGAUAAUAAGAGUAAUUUAUCUUUA